ACUGCGGGCGGUGACGAUUCAGAAGUUGCGUCACAGGUGGCUGUGUUCCCACGGGACUCAGACACCACCUCGUUUGCUCCCUGUUCCGUGGCGGCAGGACUACGGCCCUGCCGUCUGCUAUGGCAAGCAGCGAGGGUGAGAUGAGGAUUACUGUGAACGAUAAUCCGCCAGCCACGGCUCACGGACCGUUCACACCUCGUUUCGCUCGUCUGACCGUUCCCCAAAAAAGACGGUCCGCCGUCUUAUUCCUCAAUCACGUAUUCGGACACGAUGCGUGAUGAUGAGAGGUCUCUUGCAGCAUCGGGGGGUGACGUACUGCCAUCCGACUCCGACGAUUCUUCGGGCUCCCUCCCCCAGGAAAAAGCGGAUGUCGAGAUGUCGGCCAUGCUUUCCCAGGCCGCCGUGAGUGUUGGGUUGCAGUGCCCGCACUGCCUCUCCCGGCGUUCGCGGCUGGCUAAAUGGCGCCUCGGGUUUGAGCGCGGCUCCAAGCCGCGCCCGCCCCCAGUGCCGUGUUUACCGGAAGUGCAUGAGGAACUUUGCAAGACCUGGAACGCCCCUUCCGGCACGUUUCACGUCAAACAAAGUUCUGUCACCCUCUCUUCCCUCGAGGUUGAGACAGCUGGAGGAUGCGUCGGUGUCCCCAGGUGGAGUUUGCCGCCGUGGGGGGCUCGACCUAGACUCCCGUCCAAAGCAUGUGGGGUCUCGGCAUCUCUGGUGUCGAGAGCUUACAUUGCGGCGGACCAAGCUGCCUCCUCUCUCCACGCUAUGGCUCCUGCCAGGCCAGGGCGUUGAGAGAGCUCCACGAGGGUAAGACCGACCCAACGCUUAUGCAGGAACUCCGCGCCACCACCGACCUCGCUCUAUGGGCGACCAAGGUGACCAUGCGGGCCCUGGGUCGGGCGAUGUCCACACUUAUGGUCCAUGAGAAACUCCUCUGGCCGAACCUUGCGCAGAUGAGUUACGCCGAGAAGCACCCUCAACGCACCCGUCUCGCAAGAGGGGGGCUGGUUGGUGAUACUGUUGAGCCACAGUUCUUGACAGUAAAGAAGCAGUCCUCCCAUGCUGCGACUCGGCCGCCUCGGCCGUCGAGUCCCGUGCACCGUCUGCUUCCCAGCAGCCCUGGUCCUCUUCGACGCCCACCAGCUCUGGCGCCCCCCACUCAGGCGGCCCCCCUGGAAGAGACAGCGAAGAGGAGACCAUCGCCCCAUCAGCAGCCGCGGCGAAAGCAGAAGCGGCCCUCAUGGGAAGACCUCAGGGGGAUCGAGGCUACCAUUGGGCCCGACCCCAGCCACAUCGCUGGGAAAUCGGAAAGGGACGGAUACUGCCCCGUCUCACCAUCUGCUGGCCCCCUCCGGGGGGCUAGUGCCCACUUACUCUCAAAAAGAGAGUUUCCUCUCUCUCUGGGUUAUCACAGCCGCUCCCAAGAAGAUCGAGCCUUUAGUCCCCCUGUCACAGUUCAGGGAGCCUGGCUCCGGCUUCCCAGACUGUCAGGCUGGCUAGGAAAGACAAUCCGUCUCGGCUACGCGAUCCACGCCACAUGCCCACCCAAGUUCAGGGCAUCCUAUAUACCUCAGUCAGAGGCAAGGAGGCUCCCGUACUUCGGGCCGAGGUCGCCACCUUUCUGGCGAAGGGAGCUAUCGAGCCCGUCCCACCAGCCGAGAUGUUCAACGGGUUUUACAGCCCGUACUUCAUUGUCCCCAAGAAAGGCGGGGGGUUGCGCCCUAUCUUGGAUCUGUGUGUUCUGAACAGGCACCUAUGCAAGCUGCCUUUCAGGAUGAUCACGCAGAAGCGCAUCCUGACGUCCGCCAGGUGUCAGGACUGGUUCAUGGCAAUCGACCUGAAGGACGCGUACUUUCAUGUCUCGAUCCUCCCUCGACUUCUGCCGUUCCUACGGUUCGCAUUCGAGGGAUGGGAAUAUCAGUACAGGGUACUCCCCUUCGGUCUGUCCCUGUCUCCACGGGUCUUUACUAAGGUCGUGGAAGCCGCCGUCGUUCCCCUCAGGGAAGGAGGUGUGCGGGUACUAAACUAUCUCGACGACUGGCUCAUCCUGGCUCACUCUCGAGAUCUGUUGUGUACACAUGGGGACCUGGUUCUCCGGCACCUAGAUCGGUUGGGGCUACAGGUCAACUGAGAAAAGAGCAAGCUCUGCCCGGUGCAGAGCAUCCUCUUUCUGGGUAUGGAACUCGACUCUGUCCCUAUGACAGCGCAACUGACUACAGAGCGCGCCCAGUCAGUGUUGAACUGCCUGAAGCUUUCGGGCAGUCAGUGGUCCCCCUGAAACUAUUUCAGAGGCUCCUGGGAUACAUGGCAUCCUCGGCAGGGUUGCCCCCCCUCGGGUCGAUGCACAUGCGACCGCUCCAACACUGGCUACAGAGUCAGGUUCCUUGGAGAGCGUGGCACACAGGCAGCAGGCGUUUGGUCAUCACGCUUUUCUGCCGACGCACCCUAACCCCCUGGUCUCCCAUGACCUUCUGCGGACUAGGGUCCCCUUUAGGGAUGCCUCCCUGCAGGGUUGGGGAACCGUGUGCAACAGGCACGCAGUGUCGGGGUGGUGGACGGUCCCCCGCCUGCGUUGGCAUAUCAACUGCCUAGAGUUGUUGGCUGUGCUACUUGCACUGAGGAGGCUACUACCUCUCGUGCAGGACAAGCACGUGCUGGUCCGGACAGCACAGCUGCCGUGGCGUAUAUCAAUCGUCAGGGUGGCAUUCGCUCACGGCAGCUAACACGACUCGCCCGGCGCCUCCUCCUCUGGAGUCAGCAGGUGAUCAGUUCCCUGCGAGCCACACACAUCCCAGGUGUCCUGAACCAGACAGCCGAUGCACUCUCUCUCGUCAGUCGACGCCUCACGGAGAGUAGCGACUCCAUCCCCGUGCAGUCCGGCUCAUUUGGGAGCAGGUCAGCCAGGCAUUGUUAUGCCCCAUUGGCCUAACCAGAUCUUGGUUCUCAGAGCUAAGGCUCUUGACAACAACUCCCCCUUUCCACUCCCCCUGGCAAAGGACCUGCUUUCCCAGGGGAAGGGGCACGUUACGGCAUCCCAGGCAGAACCCUAGAACCUCCAUGUCUGUACAGGAUGAGGAGAUCCUGA